GCGGCAGGGGGCGGCCUUGCCCACCGGGGCGGCUUUCGGUCCCGGGCUCCGCGCCUUUCCGGAGACCCAGCGACCUCGGGCUGCGGGUCGCGUCGGCCGGGCAUGGCGGCGUGGAGCCCUUCCACGGCAGCGCUUUUGCUCCGCCGGAUCUGCGGGAUUCCUCUUCUUCACUGUGCCCAGCGGAUGUUUGCCUCACAGACUGAAGGGGAGCUCAAAGUAACCCAAAUUCUCAAAAAAAACUUUCCUCAAGCUACAACUAUCAAAGUCACUGACAUUUCAGGAGGCUGUGGGGCAAUGUAUGAAAUUCAAAUUGAGUCAGAAGAAUUUAAGGAGAAGAGGACUGUCCAGCAGCACCAGAUGGUAAACCAGGCUCUGAAAGAAGAAAUCAAAGGAAUGCAUGGAUUGCGGAUAUUUACCUCUGUCCCCAAACGCUGACCAUACCUCGGCUGCAGAGAUACUGCUGCUGACAACCUUGGAUGAACUUGACCAAUCUUUCCUAGGCAUUUGCCAAAAAAUUUAUUAUGUUCAUAGACAUUUCCAUAUUAUAAUUACAGAAGAAUAUGGUAUCUAUUUAGAUGUUAAUUAAAGACAACAGAUAUCUGAGUCUUUUGAAGA